AUUUACUUUUACUGUAAAGAACAAGUACUAGCUACUACACACUAGUAGUACUAUGAUUUAUUUUUUUUUCAUUUGAUUAAUUUUCUAUUCUGGUUGAUUAUUUUAUUUUUCUUCAUCUUCUUGAAAAGUAAGAAUGAAGACCAAAACUGAGUAGACUUUUUUUGCAGUCUCUGUUUUCACAUUAAAUUUCCUCUCUUUCUCUCUAUAGAUUUCCGAGCCGCCGACUUGCGUUGCCACAACCGCUUCUCAUUUUCAUCGAGUUUUUCUUCAUUACUUUUCCUUAUAAGCAAACCCAUUUACUUGUACUUAGCGACUUUCCGGCAGAAAGUUCACGCCGGUGAUUGACUUUCUGGUGAUUUUGGAAUCUGGGUUUUUGAGCUAAUUCUAUGUUAUGGGGAUUUGCUAUUUUAGCUUGGUUUGAUCAAAACUGGUAGUUGGGUAUGUGAAAGAAAGAAAAACGAAAAAGCAAGAUUGACUGGUAGAUACGGCAAAAAGAGAGAAAGUAUCGACUCCCCCAAGAAAAGAUUGAUAUCAAAAAGGUUUUUUUAACAUAAAUGUUCUAAAGAUUUGCUUUUUUGAGCAACCCAAAAAAAAAAAAGAAACAUGCCGGCCGACCCAGAUAACUCAUCCGCCAUGAACGAUUCUACAGGCUCAGGUGAAGCAAGCGUUUCGUCUUCAGGUAAUCAAGUAGUUCCUCUGAAAGAAUCAGCCAAGAAGAAACGGAAUCUUCCUGGGAUGCCAGAUCCCGAUGCAGAGGUUAUUGCUUUGUCACCAACAACUUUGCUGGCGACGAACAGAUUUGUUUGUGAAAUUUGCAGUAAAGGGUUUCAAAGAGACCAGAAUUUGCAGCUUCAUAGAAGAGGUCAUAAUUUGCCGUGGAAGUUGAGGCAGAGAUCAAGCAAUGAGGUGAAGAAGAGAGUAUAUGUUUGCCCUGAAUCCAGUUGUGUUCACCAUGAUCCUUCUCGGGCAUUGGGUGAUUUGACCGGAAUCAAGAAACAUUUCUGCCGUAAACAUGGUGAGAAGAAGUGGAAAUGUGACAAAUGCUCCAAGAAAUAUGCUGUUCAGUCUGAUUUAAAGGCUCAUUCAAAAAUUUGUGGAACUAGAGAGUAUAAAUGUGAUUGUGGCACUUUAUUUUCAAGGAGGGAUAGCUUUAUCACCCAUAGGGCAUUUUGUGAUGCAUUAGCUCAAGAAAGUGCUAAAACACUGCCAGAGAAGCCUCCUAGUACUAAUGAGGAGCCUAAGACACAAGCUGUUGCUUCAUCAUCACCACCGCCAUCGCCACCGGCCCCUCCACCUGCCAUCGAGUGUCAACCACCACCACCACCACCACCAGCUCCAAAGUCUUUAAUGACCCCUACCGUUCCACCGUCAACUGCCGUAAUGUCAUUUGCUUCCUCUGUUCAAAAUCGAGAAUUGCGGGAGAAUCCAGUCACAAAUUCUGCUGGAGCUGCUACGAAGCAAGUUCUGGAGGAAGCAGCAGCGGUAGCAAGCUUGACUGGAAACUGUAGCAGCUCUUGUAGUAAUGGAAGUAGUAGCAGCAAUGUCUUUGGAAGUUUGUUUGCUUCAUCAACAGCUUCGGGAAGUUUGCCAUCUCAAGCUCCUGUUUUUUCUGAUAUGUUUCGAGCCAUGGCGCCUGAGCACACUCUUGAGAUGGCACCACCUUCAUCUACAGAACCAAUAUCUCUCGGCCUAGCGAUGAGUCACAGUUCGUCAAUUUUUAGACCAGCUGGUCAAGAACGGAGGCAAUAUGCUCCCGCACCACAACCAGCUAUGUCGGCAACAGCAUUACUGCAGAAGGCAGCUCAGAUGGGUGCAGCAGCAACCAGCUCAUCGUUGUUGAGGGGCAUUGGGGUUAUGUCCUCCACGUCAUCUUCAAACGGUCAUCAAGAAUGGAGUGGGAGGCCAAUUGAUGCCAAUGGUGCAUCAUUAGCUGCAGGUCUUGGUCUUGGACUACCGUGUGACGCUGGUUCUGGUCUAAAGGAAUUAAUGUUGGGAACUCCCUCGGUGUUUGAUCCCAAACAUCCCACUCUUGACCUCCUUGGAUUAGGAAUGGCAGCUAGUGUCGGUCCAUCGCCUGGAUUAUCUGCCCUUUUAACAUCCAUGGGUAGUAAUCUUGACAUGGUGACUUCAGCUGGAUCAUUUGGUAGUGCAGAUUUCAGUGGGAAAGACUUGGGAAGAAAUUCAUGAUAUCAAAGAGUCAGGUUUAAUUUAUUCUGUAUAGGACUAUGAAUUUUAGUUGAUGCAGCAAAAAACAUAUUGGCAAGCUCAAGUAGUGCCCUCAGCCCCAAAGAUUUGAGCAUAGGAUGGCAGGAGGAAAGCCGUAACUGUGAGGCAGUUGGACACUUUUAAGAUUGUUCUACUGUCUCCUUUGUGUAGGAAAAGUAAAAAGGUUUUUUUUCUGCUGUACAGUAGAAGUUGAAUGUAUAGCUGUAUUAAAACUCCUCUGCUUUUUGUUACAGAUGAAGCUGUUAUGUGUUAGUAUAUAAUUUUACUAUAAGCAUAUUUAACCAA